GUGGUUGCCCUCCACUAGCGCUGAGAAAGGCGCUCAUGUCUGUCUGCAUUCGCCCCAUCAGCACGGAGAGAAAAUGGAGGACAGAAUGUGGCGGUGACCGCGUUGUAGACACGCCAGAUUCACAAAUUACUUUUGUGAUGUGUACGGAUCAGGACCUGCUGUAAUCGUACACUGCUUCCAGUUCAGCAGAGCCUGAAAGACAGACAGUAGUGAGUGACUCCAUCAGCUAUGGAGGAGAGUGUGAGUCCUGAGCUAGCUCAAGCUCCUGAGCCUGAGUCCAGCCAGGAUCCUUUGGAUACCAGCUCACAAGCUCUGCCAGCUGUUCCAGAGGAGGAAGAAGACAACAAAGACCAAGGGGAUGCUGCUCAAGAAGACAGAGUAGAAGACGCUGAGAAAUCUGCCAAGACUUCUGGCGAGUUCAAGAAAACCUGGGGUUUCCGUCGAACCACCAUCGCCAAACGGGACAUGCCUGGAGACACAGCAGUGGAGAGCCCUGAGGCAAAGGGCGCGCCUGUGCGCCGCAGCGGCAGGCAGGCCAAACGUACCGACAAGCUGGAGGAGUUCCUGGUGACGGUUAAGCGAGGAAGAGGAGCAGGCAGGCGGAGCGCUCCCGCUCAGCUGGAAGGUGGGGAUCCCCCGUCCCAGACCCCAACAGAUGCAGAGACUGCCUCAGAGGCCAGCUUUGAUGGGAAUGUGGAGGCCAAAGCGGUGGAGAACAAAACACCUUCUCCAGUGAAGAAGACUAGAGGGAGGGGUAGGAAGAAGGCAGCAGCCAAGCCCAAAGGAGGCCCAAGUGGGUCGGUCAGUGAUGAUGGCAGCUCUGAAAAUGAAGAGGAGGCCAGCAGUGAAACCUUGAAAGAGGUGCAAGAAGAACAGGCAACAAGUACCAGCACAGAGGACUGCAAGAUAGAGGAGACUGUGACAGAACCGAAAGAAGAGGAGGAUGCUGUGAAGCAAGAUGAAGAGAAGAGUGAGGAGAUCAAAGAGAAGCCUCCAGAGGAGCUUACCAACAAACGACCUUCUAGAAGCCCUGCUAAAGCAGCUGGUAAGGACUCCACUCCCCCCAAGAGAGAAGCCAGGCCGAAAGCAGGAACAAAGUCCAGAAAGGAAGAACAGGAAGAUGAGGACGAGACUUCGUCUAGCGAGUCUGAUAGCGAUGGCUAUGACCCCAAUGCACUGUAUUGCAUCUGUAGACAGAAACACAACAAAAGGUUCAUGAUAUGCUGUGACCGCUGUGAGGAGUGGUUCCAUGGAGAUUGUGUGGGUAUUACUGAGGCACGUGGACGUCUGAUGGAACGUAAUGGCGAGGAUUAUGUUUGUCCCAACUGCACUGGCAAGAAAGUUCAGACACCAAAGCCUGCUGCGACUACAGCAGUGACUGAAAAUGGCAAACGCCCUGCCCCUACUGCUCGUAAAGUAGAGCUGGGUCCAGCACCUGCUACCCAACCCACCACACCAACACCUUCGACCUCUGCUCCUGCUAAUACAGCUCCUGCCACAGAAGAGAAACCUGGGGAAGACCUGGGCAUUAAGGGGAGGAUAGAGAAGGCCACCAAUCCAAGCGGCAAAAAGAAAAUAAAGAUUUUCCAGCCGCAGGCAAUCGUGACUGCAGAGGAGUCCUCUCUACCCAAGUGCAUUGGUCCUGGCUGCGAGAGGGAUGCUCUGCCUGACUCUGUGUACUGUGGAAAUGACUGCAUCCUCAAACAUGCUGCUGCCGCCAUGAAGACCAUCACGACUGACGGCAAGGAGACGAAACCCAAGGAGAAGGCCAAGACCAAAGCACAGAAAAAGACUGCAACCAAGUCAACACCCAAGAAGAAUUCAGCCCCAGAGCGGAGGAGCAGCAGGAGGUCCACUGAAUCAUCCAGUAAAGCUGAAGAGGAAUCAUCGGAGUCAGAGGCCCUUGAAAAUGAAGAGGAUGAGGAUGAAGAAGAUAAACUUGCCGAGGAACAUCCACCACCCCCAGCUAUGUCAUCCUGGUCCAGCGACCAUAAUUACAUUGCAGUAACUCCAGAAAAGACUACACCCAUAUCACCAACUGUGUUAAACAAAGCGUCAGGUACCCAGAAGGAUAAGGAAAAAGAAAAAGAGGAACAACAAAUGGAAGUAACUGAGCCAGAAAAGAAAGACCCUCUUCCUGUUGAGAAGAAACCCCCGGCUAUGACAAAAUCCCCCAAAGGAGGCAAGAAGUCCCCAGGCUUGAAGUCAGUCAAGUCUGCUCCUGUAGCCACACCCAAAGGCAAAGCAAGUACUACUAAUGCAAGCAAUGCCAAAGACUUGAAAAAACAUCCCCCUCCCCAGACCAAAAUGGGCAAAGCCAAGAAACCAGGGCCACCCCCUCCCCCCAUCCCAGUCUUCUCUUCUUCUGGCCCACCUGGAUCACGGAUCCAUGCGACUGGAGCUUUGAGUGUGGCUAAAAGCACCUUCACCAUCCCUAAAAAGCAGCCGCAGGGUGGGUCAAAGGAGUCUGCAGGCUCUGGACCCUCUCCCACCACAAGGACACCUUCUGCACCCAUGUCUUCUACAUUCCAGGGUCACCCACCUCCCUCCAAACCUGCCCAGCCUGCAGCCCCUGCAUUGCCACCUCCGAACAAUCAGAUGAGAUCCAACAUCCGACGCUCACUUACUGACAUUCUCUACAAAAGGGUGAGUGACAGUGAUGAUCUCUCCAUGACUGAGGGUGAGGUGAGCAGGCUGGCUGUUAGCAUUGAGAAAGAGAUGUUCAACCUCUAUAUGAACACAGACAGCAAGUACAAGAACAAGUACAGAUCUCUCAUGUUCAACCUGAAAGACCCUAAAAAUAAGGGCCUCUUCUAUCGUGUGGUCGGUGGAGAGGUCAGUCCAUUUCGAUUGGUCAGACUAAGCCCUGAAGAGUUGCUCUCUAAAGACAUUUCUGAUUGGAGGAAAUCAGAUACCUCUGAGGCUCUGGAUAGCGGUGGAAGAUCUCAUUCAGGACAGCCCAAAGCUGGAUCCAAGCAAGAGGGCGCACCCCCUGAUGUGGACAUGGAAGACGCCCCUUCUAUGUCUGAUGGAGAUGUAUGUAUCUCUGCUUCUUCCCAAUCUCCCCGCUUGGCUUCUGCUGCAGAUCAUCAGGAUUCACAUCCUCCUGCUGCAGCCCAGGACUCUGGCUUGGCAGGAAAGAGCAGCGCAGUGCCAGACAUCUUGAGCAGUAUGCUGAAAGACACCACAGCGGAACACAGGGCUCACCUAUUUGAUCUCAACUGCAAGAUUUGUACAGGUCAGAGACCAGCUGAUGAUGAACCAGCUGCCAAAAAACCUAAAAUGUCUGUUCCUAAAAAACAAGACCUACCAGAAAAGCCCAAGGCAGAACAACGGCCAUCCAAGGUGCCUGCAGACCCGUCCACAGCCUCUUACUCUGGCAGUGAGACCCCAGUGCCAGCAUACCAGCAGAGUGUCAUGGAAGAGCCAAGCAGCAUGUUGCCCAUUGUUCAUACCCCUGCAGCUAUCCCUGCUGUCUCCUCUGUCACUAUAACGCGACGUGAUCCCCGUACUGCCAGCCACCGCUCUUCUGCACCUUUGUCUCAAACGGGUCCUGAUGUUGCAAAUCCUGCUGCUGCACCAGUCAGCAUGCCUACUGGAGUGCCUGUAUCCGUUGAACCUCCUGUGGUGGAGAUGAAGUGCCCUUUGCCCAUGCCACCUCCAGCUCCAGUGUCUGUAUCAAAAUCCACAGUGCCAAAGCCUGUCUCUUCAACAGACACCCGACACUUUGGGGCCAGCACGUCCAGCGUAUCUGAACCCCCUCCAGAAGGCGAGACGGCUCUGUUCCUAUCAGGACAGGAGAUGAUGUGGAAAGGAUUUAUCAAUAUGCAUACUGUUGCAAAGUUUGUCACAAAAGCAUAUCUCGUCUCUGGGUCUUUUGAGCAUCUUAAAGAGGACUUGCCUGAUACCAUUCACAUUGGUGGUAGAAUAUCACCCCACACGGUUUGGGACUACGUAGGCAAAUUAAAGACUUCACUGUCAAAAGAGCUGUGUCUUAUUCGUUUUCAUCCAGCAACUGAAGAGGAGGAAGUUGCAUAUGUUUCCCUGUUUUCUUAUUUCAGCAGCCGCAAGCGUUUUGGCGUGGUGGCUAACAGCAACAAGCGCAUCAAAGACCUCUACCUCAUCCCAUUGAGCUCAAAGGACCCUUUGCCUGCUAAACUCUUACCCUUUGAUGGGCCAGGGCUGGAGCCAGCUCGUCCCAAUCUCCUCCUUGGACUUUUGAUUUGUCAGAAAGACAAGAAACGAACUGGAGCCCCGCUAGAGAAUGAGGAAAAACGUUCCAAAACUCUACGAGAUGACGAGACUGGUCUCCCAAAACCAAUCGCUGUUAGCAAAACUGACAAAGCUAUACGAGCCAGUCUGGAAUCUGUAAGCACAACACCACCAGGGACUCCACCUCCCCUCAGCAGCUUGGAGUCUUCAUUGGGUCCGCUUCCAACAUCGUCAGUGUUUUCUAUUCUGUCUUCUGUCAAGGCACCUGGUGUCACAAGUACAGGUAGUAAUUCCCCAUCAGCUACCACUUCAUCAGCAGUACCUGCCGCCUCUGCCACCCCCCUUCAGACCAUCCUGAAGACACUGUUUGGCAAGAAAAAGCAAGAUUCUGAAGCUUCUCAGUCACCUUCAGACCAGAGUUCAGAUAUUUCAGUCCCUCUGUUAGAUCCAAUUGUCCAACAAUUUGGAAUUACCAAAGGGAAAAAACUAGACGAAGAAGAGGAUGACAGACCCUAUGACCCUGAAGAGGAGUAUGAUCCUAGUGUUAGCUAUGGUACAGAGAAGCCAAGUGAUCCCAUAGUACCUGCAACCAUCAAGCAGCCAGAUGUCAUGACUGGUGUGGUGGAUGAUAUUGCUUAUGACCCUGAAGAUGACUCAAUUUUUGAGGAUGUUAAAGUUGAUCCAGGUUCCAAGAAACAACAAGAGGAGCAAGAGGAAUCCCAGCACCCACAACUGCCCGAUGCAUUAAUUUCCCAGCCUGCUAAAUCUCUGCUAGCCAACAGUCAGCUUCUUCAGCUUGGUAAAAAGGUUGAGGAGUUGGUUGGUAAAAGCUCAGCCAACCCAAUUAUUAAUCAAAGAAGGGAUCCAAGGCAGAGCAGGGACCCUAGACAGGCAUCUGCUACUAGGAGGCUAACCUCUGAUUCUGCAGAGAAGGAAGAAUCAUCUGACAUUACAUCUACUAUUACUACUACUACUUUUACUACUACUACUGCUACUACUACUGCUGCUGCUGCUACUACAGCAGUAGCAGAUAAACCACCACUUGACAUUGCUGCAAUCCUAGACACAUUAAAAUCACAGCAAUCUAAGGUCAUAGACACUCCCACACAGCAUUCUUCUGAGGACACAACAACGGAACCCUGUGCAACCGCAGAAAUACCAGCAUCAGAAGAUGAGGCCAAAAUGGAGUCUGAACCAUUGCAUACUCCUGUUUCUCAACUAGACACGUCCAGGCCAGAAGAGGAGGCAGAAAGUGAAGAGGUACUUUUUCUAGAAGCAGACAGCACAGAAGUUUCCAUUCCACUUUUAGGGGAGAAGAUAGACCUUGAGUUAGUAGAUAGUUACAUGGAACCUGAACCAAAACCUGAAGAGAAGGAUGCUCCUAUUGAAUCAGAAAGCAAGAGUUUUGAAGAGAUUUGGCCUAAUUCUGCCAGCAUUUUAAAAGCAGAACCUGUUGGAGAGCCUGUCUCUUCUGUUGGAGAGCCUGUGGAAUGUACUCCAACGACAUAUUAUAACAUCUCAACAAUUAGUACCCCAAUAACUUCUAUUGGAGUGUCGCAAGAUGUUACUCAAGUAAGUUCAUCUUACAUGGAUUCACAUAGCUCCCAUCUGCCACACAUGACCUCUUCGAACUCUCAAAAUGAAUACAGAGGCCCACCAGACAUUCCACCUCCAGUGUCUUUUCCACCACCAGUUGUACCUCCGCCCAUGCUUGGUCCACCACCAAUGACUGUUCCACCACCCCUGCAUAUUCCUCCUCCAGUGUCAGGGCCACCUCCAUUGCAGGGUCCUCCUCCAAUGCAGGGUCCUCCUCCAAUGCAGAUGGCUCCACCAAUGCAAGGGCUACCUCCAAGUCACAGAGAAACUGAUUUAUCCCAGUAUCCACCACCUGGACCAUAUCCACCCUAUCAGAAUCAGUGGGGAAAUAGUCCACAGUUUGAUGCUUCAAGAGGACCACCCCCACCAAUCAUUACACCCAGAGGUCCCCCUCCACCAGUGCCACCAAUGGGUCAGAGAGGACCUCCGCCUCAGAUAUAUAAUAGUAAUAUUCCACCACAGCCUCAUAUUGGCCCCAGAGGCCCACUUCCCGGUCCUCCACCUGCUGGGCCACCACCGCCGACUUUUGAUGGACAAAGAUUUAAUGGGCCCCUCCCACCUUUCAACUUUACUGGACCCAGAGGCCCACCUCCACCAUUUACAGGUCCCCCUCUUGGCCACUUUGAUAGCAGAGCGCCACCACCAUCUCACUUCUCUGGGCCAAGAGGCCCACCUCCACUUCAAAAUAUUGGUGAGCAUGGACCACCACCUAACAUCACAAGAGGGCCUGGUGAUCAGUAUGAUAAUGAUGGUGGAAGUUCAUACCAACAGGGGAUGGAGCAGCCUCAGACUCAAACAACCACACACUCUUACAGAGAGAACCAGGGUCCUUCACAUGGACCUGCCUUCAGGGCCCCUCCACCAAACCACUUUGAUGUACGAAGAGGCCCUCCUGGUCCUGUAGGGGAUAUGUCAGGACACAGAUUUCCUCCCCCAAACCAGUUUCGUGGCUCACCUCAGCAUAGAGGAUCUUUUGAUGAACCAAGGGGAGGAUUAACCCAAGACUUUGAAAGGCAUAGGGGACCAGCACCACAGCAGUUUGGAGGGCCAAGAGGUCCUCCGCCAGGACAGUACUCCGAUAAUGAUGCAGGAGGUCAGACAUCACGCUACCACUUCGAUGACCAUUCAAAUGACAUUAGACCUAUACGGGGGCCUCUGUUACCUACGCCUCCUGAAGGUCCGCUUCCAGUGCCAGGCCGCAUAGGUGGACACAGCCCAGAGUCCCAUCGUGAUGAACACUGGCGACGACACUCCCCUGAAGUGAGGAGGCGCAGCAGCUCUGCUAGAGAUGGUUCUGAACCUCAGGACAGGUCAAGUAGAUUUGACAGUGGUCCCCGUGACCGAGAUGGCCCAUCAAGGCUGUCCGAAGAGAGGCAAAGAGACUUGUCAGAGGACAGGAGAAGAGACCGAGACCGGGAUGGGUCGCAUGGGGGCCGGCCUUGGGGCUGGAACAGAGACCGUGAAUGGGAUCGUGGCAGGGAGAGAGACCGUGAAAGAGACCGCAGCAGGGACAGGGAACGAGAGCGAGACCGCAGUAGGGACAGAGAAAGGGAUCGGGAUCGUAGCAGGGAGCGGGAGAGAGAGAGAGACCGCAGCAGGGAAAGGGAUCGCAGAGACACUGAUCGACACAGAGAAGGAGAUGGAGACAAAAGGCGAGAUCGGGACCGAGAACGAGAUAGAGACCGUGGCAGGGAUCGAGAAUCGGACAGGAAAGACCAUGACCGAGACAGAGGAAAGAACAGAGAAAGGGACCGAGACCGUGACAGAGAUCGCGACAAUAGAGACAAAAGACGUGAACGCUCAAGGAGUCGCGAACGAGACCGUGGAAAAGAUAGAGACAGACGAGAGAGGGACAGAGAGCGGGACCGAGACCGGGAAAGAGAAAAGGACAGAGAUAGGAGGGAGAGGAGCAGGAGUAAAGAUAGAAAGGAGGAAAAAAAAGAAAAAUCUGAGACCUCCAAGGACAUUGAGAAGUCUGCUGAUACUGAGAGUGCAUCCUAAUUUUCUUCAGUCUGUAUCUUUUCAUAAUUACAAAUGUUUCACAGUUUUUGAUACCUGGAGUUUUCUUUUCUUUAACAGACUUGCAUGGAUUUCAAAGUAUUCUACAUGUGUUGAAGUCUUUUCAAAGCUUUUUUGGUACCUUUUUUCCUGGUCUUGUUGCAUAUUUUAUGCUUUUGUAUUACAUUCAAGGACACAGGUCUUGAUUUCAGUUAGAGAAUCUCAUUAGAGAGGCAAUGUCAUACCAUUCUGUUGCUUCGACAUGUACUUCCCCCCUGUUAAAAUAUAUUUUAAGAGUACAUUAAGUAACAUUGUUUAAUAAACAAAGACAUGUAAAUAUGUAUUUGUGUAUAUACAGGUAUGUUUUUAACUACAUUUUUUUCUAACUAGAAAAGUAAAGCCAUAUAGGUUAAAAAAUUCAUGUAAAUGGAAAAAAUUGUCUUUCUGAAUAAGGUCUUUGAAUGGUAAUGCUUGUUUAGCACUGAAAGGGUAUAUGUGUAGGCUGUUGUCAAUCAGCUUCCCACUAAGCUUGUCAGAUUUUGUUUAAAUGUCUAUUAAACCCCUCUUUGUAUGA